GACCGAGGUAACCGCCCUGCUGAGCUGCGAUGGCGGGGGCUGCUGGCCGCCUCCGAGGCCGCGCCCUGGGGCGCUUUCAGCCCGCCCUACCCGUGGGCGAUCCGUAGGUGGGAAUCUAGAUGUUUAUUGUAUUAUUCCCCUUCUUGCCUGAAAUACUCACAACUUUAAAAAGAAAAUAUGCACAUGGAAAAUGAAUUUCAGAGGAUAAAGUGUACACAACGAAAAGUAAAAUUCUACAGCCUGCUACUGCUUGAAAUUAAUUUACUGAAGUGGAAUAUUGGCAAAGAGAGAGAAAUGGGGAUUCAUUCUCUCAGGUUGCAGGAAAAUGCCAGCUUCUUUCUAGUGAAGUAAUAAGGAAAGAGGACCUUGUUUGUUUCCAGUUAGGGGAAAAAGUGUGUGUCACACUUAAUCCUUAUUUUACCUCUUCUAAAAGCCUAAGAUAAUUUUUUUCUUUAAAAAAUUCUCCCAAUCAUUCAACUCUUAAACGGAAGAGCUGGGAUUCCAACCAGGCACAGCUAACUCCAAAAGUCAUGCCAGAUAGGGAAGAGUUUCCUGGAAUGAACUCAUUUGCUCCUCAAGCUGCUUUGCAUCUACCUCCUACCAGUUUCAUCCCUGGCUCUUGUCAAUACUCACAGAAAUUGACAGAAAUUGUGUCCUUCAGACACAAACCUCCUUGCUCUUUCUUGUUUCGAUUCUCUACCUGGAACACAUUUCCCUAGCACCUUCCUUGAGUCUUUUUGAAGGUGUAAUUCUUUUAGUCUGCCAAAUUUUUAACCAAAUGGCGUUUGACAUGGCUGAUUCCUAACACCUGGGCACUGAAAUGACAACCUGAAGAUCUCCUUGUUUCAAUAUGCAUUUUGGUGACUACUGUAUCUGUAAUGGCUGUUUUGAUACAUUCAAUCUAUGUGAGCUGCUGUGGCAGCGUGCUGGGCGGGAAUGUGGUUUUGCUCGUGGGUUGGAGAGCCAGUUGGCAGAUGUUUAGGUGUUUUCAGACAACUACCUACCUCAGUCUGUGUUUCCGGACAUUAGAUCAGAAAACGUGAGCUAAGCAGAGGUAAGGGUGGGGGUCCGAAAGCGACGGAAGCUGCAGCUGGAAGUGGGCGAGGGGAGAGCCGGCGCGGACUCUGACGUCACUGUGGCGCGCCGCUUCCGGUCUCCAGCGCCAAAGCGAAUGACUUCCCCCUCUGUGGGGCGGGAGCGGGGCUUGCUGCGACCCCACGGAGCCCACGAUCGCGCUUCCCCAGCCAGCGAGUCCGCCAGCACCAGCGUCCCACCGGCGCCUGGGACCAUGGCCACCGACUCAUGGGCCCUGGCGGUAGAUGAACAGGAGGCAGCGGCCGAGUCGUUGAGCAACUUGCAUCUUAAGGAAGAGAAAAUCAAACCAGAUGCCAAUGGUGCUGUUGUCAAGACCAAUGCUAAUUCAGAGAAGGCAGAUGAAGAAGAGAAAGAAGACAGAGCUGCCCAGUCUUUACUCAACAAGCUGAUCAGAAGCAACCUUGUCGAUAACACUAACCAAGUGGAAGUCCUGCAGCGGGACCCAAAUUCCCCGCUCUACUCUGUGAAGUCCUUUGAGGAGCUUCGGCUGAAACCACAGCUUCUCCAGGGAGUCUAUGCCAUGGGCUUCAACCGUCCAUCCAAGAUACAAGAGAAUGCAUUGCCUUUGAUGCUUGCUGAGCCCCCACAGAACUUAAUUGCCCAGUCUCAGUCUGGCACUGGUAAAACAGCUGCCUUCGUGUUGGCCAUGCUCAGCCAAGUAGAACCUGCAAAUAGAUACCCCCAGUGUCUGUGCCUCUCCCCAACUUAUGAGCUCGCCCUGCAAACAGGAAAAGUGAUUGAACAGAUGGGCAAAUUUUACCCUGAACUGAAGCUAGCUUAUGCUGUCCGAGGCAAUAAAUUGGAAAGAGGUCAGAAGAUCAGUGAACACAUUGUCAUUGGCACCCCUGGGACUGUUCUGGACUGGUGCUCCAAGCUCAAGUUCAUUGACCCUAAGAAGAUCAAGGUGUUUGUUCUGGAUGAGGCUGACGUGAUGAUAGCUACUCAGGGCCACCAAGACCAGAGCAUCCGCAUCCAGAGGAUGCUGCCCAGGAACUGCCAGAUGCUGCUUUUCUCUGCCACCUUUGAAGACUCUGUAUGGAAAUUUGCCCAGAAAGUGGUCCCAGACCCAAACAUUAUCAAACUGAAGCGUGAGGAGGAGACGUUGGACACCAUCAAGCAGUAUUACGUCCUGUGCAAUAACAGAGAUGAGAAGUUCCAGGCCUUGUGUAACCUCUACGGGGCCAUCACCAUUGCUCAGGCCAUGAUCUUCUGCCACACCCGCAAAACGGCUAGUUGGCUGGCAGCAGAGCUCUCCAAAGAAGGCCACCAGGUGGCUCUGCUGAGCGGCGAGAUGAUGGUGGAGCAGAGGGCUGCGGUGAUCGAGCGCUUCCGAGAGGGCAAAGAGAAGGUGCUGGUGACCACCAACGUGUGUGCCCGCGGUAUUGAUGUUGAACAGGUAUCUGUCGUCAUCAACUUUGACCUUCCCGUGGACAAGGAUGGGAACCCGGACAACGAGACCUACCUGCACCGGAUCGGGCGCACGGGCCGCUUUGGCAAGAGGGGCCUGGCAGUGAACAUGGUCGACAGCAAGCACAGCAUGAACAUCCUGAACAGAAUCCAGGAGCAUUUUAAUAAGAAAAUAGAAAGAUUGGACACGGAUGAUUUGGAUGAGAUUGAGAAAAUAGCCAACUGAGAAGCUCCGUCAGUCACCAGUGCCCACCCCUGGUGCUCCCCCUGCACGGGAGACUGGUGCUUUCACGGCACAGGCCUCGACAGUCGCCACAAAGAAGAGGAGGCAGAGGAGAGAGAAACUACCUACCUCAUUUUAAAUUACGUUUGGACUAGACAAAAAUUGUGCAAAUGAUGGGGGAAGGUAGAAAAAAAUUGUUUACACAACUCUUGAAGAUUAGGCGUGAAUACACAGAAAUUUACCUUUUGAAA